AUGGCAGCAACCCAACGACACCAUGACGAAUGGUUUGAUGCGAACUUUAUCGACCAUAGACGUAGUGGUUCCUUCGGCCAUUCCACUUCAGUCGCGGACACUUUUCGUGCCGUCCACGACACGUUUGAGCAUGAGAAUAAAGUCGCCCGCGAAGAACGCGACCUCAACUUCAACGACAACGUGGCAAGUAACGCCGACAACUUUGACGGAAUGGAUUACCAGACAGCCGACGACAACGGAUUGAGCUCCGACAACAUAACAGCGUACAUCAGUGUGUUAACCAAUUCGAGAAAUUACUUCCCGCUUGUCCCCGUCGCGGACACUUUUCGUGCCGUCCACGACACGUUUGAGCAUGAGAAUAAAGUCGCCCGCGAAGAACGCGACCUCAACUUCAACGACAACGUGGCAAGUAACGCCGACAACUUUGACGGAAUGGAUUACCAGACAGCCGACGACAACGGAUUGAGCUCCGACAACAUAACAGCGUACAUCAGUGUGUUAACCAAUUCGAGAAAUUACUUCCCGCUUGUCCCCGGUAAGUGCACUCAAAUUGAGAUCCCCUUACGUAGCAAAUAG